AGAACAUGCCCGUAGAUUAUUCCAAGUGGGACAAGCUUGCAGCAAGUGACAGCGAGGACGAGGAAGAAAAGAAGGCGCCUCAGAGCAAGAGGGUCGUCAAGGAGGAUGAAAAGAUAGUGCAGCCCAAAUUAAGCGCCCCUAAGGAAGCAAGUGGAUCGGCUUGGAAUGCCAGCAACUAUCACUGGGAGGAGCAAAAGCUGGACGUGUGGGGCAAACAACGGCUCAAGGAUGUCCUCAAACCCAAAGCAACACUGAGCUUCACCUACAACCAGACAGAACUGACCUACGAGAUGAACUUCGACGUCGACACGAUCACUGGAGACGUUUGGUCGCACAUCCGCAAGGGCAAGAGUGUGUUGGGAUACAACCUCGAGUUCUCUCUGGUGGUGACGGGCAAGGUGAAGACGUCGAGCCGUGAGGAGAUGUUGAACGCUUCCUUGGAGUGUGACCUGAUGGUCGACCAUGAGGAGGAUCCUGUUGUCAGGUUUACAGCGGGUGACAAUCUUCCCUUCAAAGACACUGUGAAGAAAUGCAUCCUUGCCGAGUAUCACUCAAGAAUAGGGUUCUUCCUCAAGGAGCUCGAGACAAAAGCUGACGAGAGGAAAAGCAAGAUCGAAGAAUCGGCGAAGACUCAGGCGACCAGCUCGGAACAAGCAACGACUGCUAAGUCACACUUCGGGGGUCGAGUACAGGUCGGAGGACACAACCCGCAGGGGCUACGAAUUGAGAAAGAUAACAAAGACUGACGGCAAGAGGGAUUUCAGACAAUUCAGAAGCUCACUCGCCUAAGUUACCUUACGAGAACGUGACAUGAUUUUUUUCUUAAGAUCAGAAGUUUUUAUUUUUGCAAUGAAGUCAAAAAAGCUGC